AUUUUACUACUGAUUGUCAUCCGAGUCACAUCUACAAGCCGACAGAUACAUAAACCACGCUAGCUCGCUAGUGCACCUUUUCAGUUUCUCCUGCACCCGCCGUAGUGCAUUUUUUCGGCUAUAAGUAUGUCCUCACCGCUGCCAUCUCUCGAGCAACUGGAGUCUCUCAAAUCUGCGAUAGUCAAGAAGCGGCCUUAUUGCAGCGGCACUUUACGGCUGCCUGCUGAGAAUUAUCUCCUUUUCUUCGCCAAAGGAGAGGACGGCCAUCGUCUUGACUUCACUAAUCCCGAUAAGGUGGUACUCGAGGAGCUCGCUCAAGCAUGCGACAUCGCCACCUUCGGUGUGAACCAACAAGAUACCCUUGACGAGUCUUAUCGCAAGGCUGGAAAGCUUGAUUCUCAAUAUUUUGCACCAAAGUUUGAUCUACAGCGAUCGGGGCUUGUGGGACUUAUCCAGGAUGACUUAUUAGAGGGCCCGCGGGCCAGUAAUGAGAUUCGUGCUGAACUUUACAAGCUGAAUGUGUAUGGCCCUGGAUCGUUCUUCAAGGCCCACAAGGACACACCACGAAGUGAGAAGAUGUUUGGUUCUCUCGUACUCAUCCUCCCCACCCCUCAUGAGGGUGGAUCUUUGGUCCUUCGUGACAAUGGCAAUGAGUGGACGUUUGAUUCCGCGAAGGCCGUCAACGGGACGGAUGGUCCUGAAAUCGGAUAUGUCAUCUUUUAUAGUGACGUUGAGCAUGAGGUUACCGAAGUCAAGUCUGGAUAUCGCGUCACACUCACCUACAACCUUUACUUCGAAUCUCCUACUGCGGAAACUAAGCAUAAGAGUCUCCACGGUCACGGCCAGAAACUGAAGGAAGCCUUCCAGAAUUUGUUGGCGGAGACAACAUUUUUGCCCGAUGGAGGUAACCUUGGCUUUGGUUUGCAUCGCCAGUAUCCAAUAAAUCUCAAAGAGAAGAGUCUCCAAUACCUGCUCGAGUGUCUCAAAGGCAGUGACGCUACACUCUAUCGUGUUUGCCAAGAACUCGGACUCAGCGCUCAGUUCAACCUUGUGUAUGAAGAACGCGACGAGUCAGGUGCUGUUCUCUGCAACACGUUGCCCGUUGAGCUGGAGGGGGCCUACGUCGAGAUGAACCUGCUCACGCUAAUCCGCGAAGAACAUGGAGGAAAGAUGAUUGAAAGAAUAGACGACUACUAUGACGACGAUGAUAGUGAGGAGGGCGGCGUAGAUAUGGAAGUGUUCUGGGUGACAGAGCUCAGCAAGUUGACGAAAGUCAAAAACAACUAUAUUGCCUAUGGAAAUGAGCCUAGCAUUGGCUACAUCUACGGCUAUGGCUGCCUUGUCGUCAAGGUCGGACCGUUUGGUAAAAGAGAGACUGUGUAGUAUAGGAUUAAUCCUGUAUCAUUACAGAGUGUUUCCUUGUACAUGUACGGUAGGUGGAAUGUUUGAUUCGGUACUUACUCGCUUGCUAAAUCGGUGGUAGUUCGUGACACGUCACACACUAGUAAGUUGUUAUCUGGCUUUAAAAUA